AUGGCCUGUCCCAUCAGCGUCAGCAAGUUUGUUGGCACUGUCUCCCUCGGUCUUCUUACCGGCCUCUCCUACUCCACAUCAGCCAUCACAAUCCCAGCCCUACAACUCCUUCCAACCGCGACAACUGCCGUCCGCUCCCUGAACGAAGUGAAGCGCCUAACCCGCCGAUAUGCCCUGCGCCUUUCCUUCCUGACCAACGCCUGCUUCUGUUUCGCAUGGUGUCUCUCAUCUCCGCGUCGCCGACACCCAUACAUGAUCUGGCUAUGGAUAUUCUCCACAGUUAGUGCCCACGGUGUUGAUUUUUGGUUCAACCGUCAUCUCGGCUUCAAGAACUGGGCAUCCGCUGUGAUCCGCGACGUUUCCCACUUCUCCCUGGUUCAAGACUCGAAUACAACUAAGGAUGAAGACCUUGCUAUGGUUGAGGCCCAGGAAGACGUGAAUGGCGAAACUGUCCAGCGCGAGAUGGACCGGGAGCGCCGACUCCACCGAGCGCGCACUUGGUUGUCUGGUAUUGCGCUUUCGAUUGGCAUUGUUGGUCUUUGGGGUGACAAGAGGUGA